GUAUGUAAGCUGGAUUCCCAGAUUCAGUCAAAAAUUGAAAUUCAAAUUUUGCGCGCGAAUUUUAAACCUUAUUACCACGCCAUCUGCUUUGUAAAAUCCAACUGCGCCACCUAUCAAAUUUGAAUACUUGUUAUUUGUUUUCCUUUUAAGACUUAACCUAUAACUGAUUGUUUACCAAAUUUAAUAAUUAAACAUAAUAAAUAAUAGAAUAAAUUUGAAAUGGAAAAAAAUACGUCGAAAUCGCGAAAAUGUAAUUUAAAACAGCGUAAAGCAAGUGAAAGAUUAGCGCGUGAUUUGAACAUUAAAUCUUGUGAAAACCCGACAGAAUACAUCGCGAUUUGCAACGCGGGCCUUGUUACCGAAUUGAAAUAUGAAUCCCUAGAGCUUGUCAUUAAUAAAAUAUCGACAAAUAAUUCGAAUUACAAAAUAGUAAUGCCACGAGGUAAAUCGUACUGUUUUAUAAAAUUCGAGGAUUCGAGUGCCGCGAAAAAUUUUUACGACAAAUUAAACGGCGAAUUCGAAGAAAAUUUAAAGACAACUUUGUAUUUAAUUUUCUGCGAAUCUAUCCCUGAUGAUAAUGAACUGGUUGGCGACCAGCUUCCUGGAGGCUUGAGAUUAAUCGAGGAAUUCAUUAGUCGAGAGCAAGAAGAUCGAUUGCUGCAAUUGGUUGACUGGGACGAACACGAGCUUAAUUCGGAACUAAAACAUCGCAAGGUCAAACAUUUUGGGUACGAGUUUUGCUACAAGACCAAUCGGGUUGAUCCGAACUCGCCGAUAGAACCGAUACCGGCGGAUUUGGAAUUUUUGUAUGGAUUGUUUGAGGAACAUAGCUGCGGAAGAUAUAAGUAUGAUCAAAUUACGAUCAAUAGGUAUUUACCCGGACAAGGUAUUCCGCCGCAUAUUGAUACUCACAGUCCAUUCGAAGACACGAUUCUAUCCCUAUCAUGUGGAAGUGCCUGUGUGAUGGAUUUCAAACAUGAAGACAAAAAAAUACAAGUCCACUUACCAGCACGUUCAUUAUUAAUUAUGUCUGGAGAAUCACGUUACGCUUGGACCCACGGAGUUUGUCCGAGACACCACGACGUUUUUGAACAAAAGCAAGGUGAUAAAGUAACGACAACGACUCUUGAACGCGGGACACGAAUUUCUUUUACGUUUAGAAAAAUUCGCACCGGAGACUGCUCGUGCAAUUACAACGAUUAUUGUGAUUCAAAGAAAUCUAAAAGGGAGAUUCACCAAUCAAAAGCCCCCUUACUUGAGUCAUCUUACGUUCAUCAAGUAUAUGACGAAAUUUCGAGUCAUUUUGAUGAAACGAGACAUAAACAGUGGCCUAAUGUUGCAAAAUUUAUUGACUCGAUUGAUCCUGGGAGUAUUCUUCUAGAUGUUGGCUGUGGCAAUGGAAAAUAUUUAACUCCAAAAACUGGAUUAUUAAAAAUUGGCUGUGAUCGAAGUAACGGACUUUUAAACAUCUGCAGAUCAAAAUCAUACCAAGUAUUUCAAUCAGACUGUCUGAAAUUACCAUUCAGAUCAAACUCCUGCGACGCCGCAAUUAGCAUCGCGGUGAUCCAUCAUUUAUCAACAGCUGAGCGUCGUCGUGACGCCUUUCUUGAACUGAUUAGAAUUCUCAGGCCUAUUGGCAGGUGUUUAAUUUACGUGUGGGCUAAGGAGCAGCGACGUAAUAAGCAAGAUUCAGCUUAUCUUAAAUUAAAUCCUGGGAAAAUAAAAGAACACAAAAAUGUACAAUUGUUCGAAGAUCUGGAGCUACCGGUUCACGAUAACAGGACUAAUUUCAGUCAUAACGAUGUCAUGGUUCCCUGGAAAACUAAAAGUGGUAAUGAAUUUUUAAGGUAUUAUCACGUUUUUGAUGAAACUGAAUUCCGUGGUUUGUGCCUGAGCUUACAAGAAGUUUCUGUUGUUGAUAUUUAUUAUGACCAAGGUAAUUGGUGCUGUAUUUUAGAAAAAAAAUCUUCAUUAGUCUUAAGUUGAUAAAUAUUCUAUUAGUUUUUUUUUUUUUUUUUUUUUUAAAUAAUUUUUGUACAUGUAUUUUUGAUGCGAGUGAUACAAAAUAAUUAUAUUUUAUUUCUAUGAAAACUUAAUAGUUUAUUUGAUGAAUUUAAUAUAUGCCUGUGAAAUCAAUUUUUUAAAUUGAUUAAAGGUUCAUUCUGGUUCCGGCGCUCGAAAAAAACGCCAAUAUUCAUGAUUUUUUACACAGAAACUAUUAUAGAUAUUAAGAUAAAAUUUAUCCCGUUCAUUAUAUACACUCUUGAAUGGUAUAAAAAAUAUCUAAAUUUAUUUUUUUUUUAAUAUUUAUAUGAAUAAACAACGGGUGAACGGAACUCUUCCAAAAGUUGGUAUGUCGUUGAUGUACGUGAUAACUUGAUAACGGAUUAUCUAAAAGACAAAAACCAAAAUUAUAUACAUUCAAUAUAUAAGUAUUUAUUGCACCAGCUACGAAGAUUAAUAUUUAUUAAUAAAUAACAAAAUGGUAAACUUUAAAAAAAAAACAAAAACUUAAAAAUGAGGGUUUUUUUUCAGUUUUUAGUCGUAAAAAAAUAGUAAAAAUGAAAAUUCUGAUUUGAUUUUAGCUGAUGCAAUAGCUACGACUAUGUAGAAUAUAUGGUUCAAAUUUAAUUAAGAUCCGGUCAGUAGUUUUGAAAAUAUCAUGUACGUAAACCAGAAAAACUUAAUUCUGAGAUAAAUGCGUUUAAAGCUUUUUUAAUUAAAAAAAAAAAUCUUACCUAAAGUCAAUUAGCAAUGCAGAGACUAUACAAAAUCCCCUCAACUUUUUUAAAAAUUUGGUUUUCUUUCGUAAAUUUUCAUUGUAAAAUAAUAUAGUGAUAGUGGUCUGAUCACUAAGUAAUUUUCACACAAUGCUUUUAGAUGAAUCCCGGAAAAAAUAGACC